GUAAAUCUAAAAAGACAAAAGAGAGAGAGAGACACAGAAAGGGACGAAUCAGAAAGACGGAGAAAGUACAGACUACAGAGUAAAGACGGCGAAGUCUCAACUCCCAUUUGCUUCGCUUCCUCUUCAAGCUUUCUGUUCUCUCUCUCUCUCUCUCUACUCUCUCUGUGAGACACCUUCCAAAAUAACAGAUCUCGAGUACGCCAUUUUUUCUGGUCUGUUUCCCAAGCUUCUUGAGCAGAGAAGGUGAUCGCAUCUCAGAAAAAUCCUUGGAUGCUUCAUUCUUCGUAAAAGAUCUUCACUUUUUAAAGGUUGUGUUGUUAACAGAUGCCAAAUCAAAACUGGGAAUGGUUUUUCUUGAUGCAAUCCUCCUCUUUCUUGAUACCGCAGGGUUUAUGUUUUUUUCCGGUGUUGAAUGAAUCUUCCUAGAGUGCAAAUGGAAAAGCAAGAGGACAGUUUGUGGAGUUUGUGUCCUGUUCAGGAUAUUGAUACGGUUUUUGCCAAUAGACUACUCUACUGUGAUUUUUAUUUCAGACACUACAAGGAAACACUGAAACAUACCAUGCUUGGCCAAGAAUCUAUCUUUGAAAAUCAGAUCCACGAGCUUCAUCGUCUGUAUCAAAGGCAGAAGGAUCUGAUGAUGAAAAUGGAGGAAAACAACAACUGUUACACGCAACCUCAACAUCUAUUCCCUAAUGCUGGGGGAAGAAGUAUACACUGGAUGGGUUCUAUCAUCUCCACAUCCAAAACUAGCGUUUGGCCACCAGAAGACGCAUCUGCCAAGAUUGAUGAAGCUGGAAUUUCUGGAGAGGAGAUUGAUAUAUGGGAAGAAGAAGGUUCAAAGAGUGUAGAAGUUCCUAGCUUUCCUAAAGAUGAUCAAUCCCCAAGAAACAUGCCUCUUGAUUCGGUUGUCCAGCCGGAAAGUGUGCAGCAUUUAACCGGUUUGUCAAGGUUCAAAUGUAGACUUGACUUGAAUGAACCUGCCAAGAUCGGGGAACAUUCAGAUUAUGAGCUUAAUCAGUUACUAACUCCAGACCAAACAAGGAGUGAAAGAGCAGAACCAGAAGUGCAAGAGCCGCUGAUAUCUACAAAGUGUCAAGCUGAGAAUGGAAUCGACUUGAAUAUGUCUCCCCGUUCAUCUGAAGAAGAAGCAACUAAAAUCAGGACGAUCAAAUCAGAGCAACCUCAAGAGUGUGUUUCAGCUUCAUUGCACGAAUCAGAGCCAUCACAUUCACGAGCGAUAGUUCUAGCGCUCCCAUCUUCAAAAACCAUUUCACUCUUCCACCAACGUGACUCACGGCCUAGGCCUAGGAAGAAAGCUAAACGUGGAGCAAAAUCCAAAAGUGUUGAAAAGUUUCCUCGCAGCAAAUCCAGGAAACGCUCAAAUCUUGACUCAAACUUUGGUAUCAAUGAAGAUGACAACCAUUCAAUGGAGAAAGGAAGUUCAAGGUCUCUGCCUGAGGUUAAGAGAAGAAGUUGUCGUAAACCACACGUAGAAUCAGACAAGGUUAUGAGAAGGAUUUCAAGAACCAAAUCAAAGACCAGAGGGAGCUUUCUUGUUACAGAGGAAGAGGAACAAGAGUUAUCAGUAGCAGCAGCAGAGGCUUUAGUUGAUAUUUCAUCAUCAGAUUUAGCUAAAAUGUCCAGCAUCAAAACCUCCUCUAAUUGUAUCACUCCUCUGCAUUGGUUUGCUAAAAUCGCAUCUUCGGUUGUUGAAGACACAAAGAGUGAAGUUGGACUAUCGGUGACCGGAGUCCACGCUGAUUGCCAAAUAGACUAUUUUGAGACAAUGACAUUGCAGCUAACAGAGAUGAAGCCAGAGGAGCAAAGAACAAAAAUUUCAGUCUCUAACAUUGUUCAUCCUAAACACAAGAGGACCCUGCGCAGUCGAGGAAAGCGACAACAGUACUACGAUUUUCUUCAGAGCCUAAGCACUUUUACAGGAAACAAAGCUUCUGAAACGAAUGAUGCUCACUCGAGUUUGAUGGAAAAUAUGGUAAUCGAUUGGGGAACCAUAAGAAAACGAAGAAGAGGCAUCAGAAGUCCUGCUGCUUUUACUAGAACCUCAAUACCUUUUUUGCUUUCAGGUUCUUGAGGUAUUAAAAAGUCUAGUUACAGAGAUCAUACCACACCACAUAGGAGAGAUAUACUAAAUCAGUGAAACUUUUUUUGGUUUAGCUGUUACAAAGUUCAUCAAAAAAGCAGAUGAAUUUAAAAGAAAGUUGAGAUUUUUAUUGCUUUAUUAUUUCAUUGCACAAAAGAAAAGGUAAGAUUUUUAAGGA